UUUUUCAGCAAAUGUCACAAUGCCAGAAGAUGUCGUCAUGAUGAACCAGACCCAGAAUGGAGAUGAGCUGAUAGAGAACCAAUCGGACCUACCAGACAUCGUCGUGAUCACGUGUAUGUUGUCGUUGUUUAGCAUCAUUGGCACCACCGGCAAUGCAUUCGUGCUGUACGUUUUCUCGAAGAAGAAGGAUAAAAACACGUCUACUGUUUUCAUCUUGGCGCUUGCCUCCAUAGACUUUGUGACAUGCAUUCUAGUUAUUCCGUUUACUAUAGCCGUGGAGUUUCAGUUCAAGAAGAUUGAUAGUGACCUGACAUGUAAAAUAUAUAUGUUCCUAAUAACGUCAAAUGUACCAUUUAGUUCAUUUAUUAUGGUUGCCAUAGCGUUAGACAGAUACUUUUGUAUCUGCCGACCAUGGACUAAAUUCUUGAAUACGAAAUGCGCUCUUCGGAUAAUAUUCUCGUUAUUAGCGUUUGCAUUCACACUUGGAUUGAUGACAAGUCUCGCACACGGCGUUUACCACCGCAAAGUUAUCGCCCAAGUUAGCAAAAUCUCAAACAUGACUGAUUUGUUACACUUUAAUGUGUCGGGUUUUACAAUGGCCACAGUAUCAGACAAUUGGACAGGAUUGCAAAAUCCCAGCUCUAACAUCGGAAACUAUUUCACGAAUGACGGCCAAUUUUACGCGGUAAACACUUCAUUUCAUACAGUAAAUGGUACAAGUGAUAUUGAUUACUUUGUUUUUACAGGAUUCUGUUAUCCGAAUGAAGUUAUAUUCAGCACGGGCUUUCGGAGAGCCUACCAGAAGUUUUAUGCAUCUCUUUUCUUAAUUGCAUUCAUAACUGUGUUCUUUUUAUAUGCCCUUAUUUACCGAUCAAUUAUCUUAAGACGAUCAAGAAGACUGAAGACAUCUUUGAAUUCAAGUUCAACUGGACGCCGAUCAACACUUUUGACCUCAAUUUGUUCUCGUAAUGCAAACACCCCUGAAACUGUUUGCAUGGAGGAGUGUAAAGCAGAACUGAAUAAUACAAAACAAGAAAAAAUCAAUAAUGAUGACGCUGCCAUGAUGCCGGUAUCACAAAUACCAAGCACAAUCUCUAUUACAAGUUCGGCCACUCAAACAUCAAUGGUUCACUCAAACAGCGCUUCCAAUGUCGUAUCUGACACAACGAGACAUGUUACCAAUGACACAAACCGUGAAGGGAGCAAUAGGAGCUCGACAUCGAAUGACCAACGAGAACAAGUUUAUAUAACUUCAAAUGACCUGAAACCUCCCAACGGGCAUAUGCGAAGACCGCGGGGAAAUACGAUUGGUAAAGGAUUUGCGGCAAAGAAAACUGAUUUGAAAAAUGUUAACCAACAACAUUAUUUAUGUAGUUCAAAUGGGGAGAGUACUCCUUUAAAAGACAUGUCAGUCUCUAUAAAAGUACCGACAUCGAAUAUGCACAGAAAAGACACGAGGAAAUCAGUGCGAGAGAAACACCGCAUUGCAAACAUUAAAACUGCUGGAAUUCUAUUUAUAGUAACAAUUGUAUUUAUGAUUGCUUUUUUGCCUGCAUGGUUGAUGGCUACAAAAUUGAUUCCUCCAAAUAUGAUCGUGUUCUACUCGUAUUUUAUUUACAACGUUGCAAAUCCAGUGAUUUAUGCGUUCUUCAACAAAACAUUUCAGAAAGAAAUGAAACUUGUUCUUAAAUGCUCAGAAUCGUUAUAUUAG